AUGUCUCGCUACGACGAAGCUCACGCCAAGCAAAAUGGCCCUGGCGAUGCGCGUCCAACAGCCUUGCAGAUCAUCAAAGACGAGAAUGCUGAGAAUAGCCUCAAGGGCGAAGUUAUUGUUAUUACUGGUACAUCCUCUGGUAUCGGCGUCGAAACCACUCGUGCUCUAGCCACCACCGGCGCCACCUUCUUUCUCACGGCUCGAGACACGAGCAAGGCCGAAUCUGCCCUUGCUGGUAUCUUCGAACCUUCGCGUAUGCAUAUCAUCGAGAUGGAUCAAGCAAACCUGUCUUCUGUACGUGCCGCUGCCGCCGCUAUCCUCGCCAGGACCUCCAAAGUCCAUUUGCUCGUUAAUAACGCCGGCAUCAUGGCAAUACCCGACUUUCGUGUCACAGCCGAUGGCCACGAACUCCAGUUCGGCACGAAUCACCUCUCGCAUUUUCUCUUCUAUAAACUCCUAGAGCCCGCUCUUCUCGCAGCCGCCUCCUCCAGUCGCCCAUCCCGGGUCGUCGUUCUCGCUUCUUCAGCGCACAAUGUUUGCGGAAUCAACAACUCCGACAACUACAGCUUUCAGAAAAGCGAUUACGAUCCCAGUGUGGCAUACGGGCAGUCAAAAACAGCAAAUAUAUACAUGGCCAAUGAGAUUGAACGCCGGUAUGGCUCGCGCCACUUACAUGCCACGAGCGUCCACCCCGGUCUCGUUCAGACGGGGCUGACACAGCAUAUGCCCCCAGACGCCUUCAAAGGUAUGGAACACUUGUAUCCUACAAUGAAGAGUGUCGAGCAGGGUGCUGCAACAUCGGUAUGGGCCGCAGUCGGCGAGCAAUGGAAGCACGAGGGCGGGAAGUACCUCGUCAACUGCGCUGUUGCAGAGCCAUGUAAGGAAGGCGAUGACAAAUUUACUACGCAAGGCUAUGCUCCGUAUGCUUACGAUGUUAAGCAGGCAGAGAGGUUGUGGAAUGACUCUCUCAAGAUUGUAGGGAUGUCGAGUGAUGCAUAG